GGAUCCCGGAAGUGUCCAAACUCCUACAGCCUUUACAAAAGGUCAGACAACAAAUCUCCACUUAACGAAGGGUGAAAUCCUUCCUUUCGACAAAAGAAUCACAGAGAUUGGAGCCAACUUUGGCAUCAAUGGAACCUUUAUUUGCCAAACUCCUGGGCUCUAUGCUUUCACAUACUAUGGUCUCACUGAACAGGAUUGGGAACUCUGGGUGGAAAUGUAUAAAAACGACCAAUUGAUUGCAUCCAUUUAUGGCUAUACAUAUGCUGAUUAUGCAGAUGCGGGAAAUGCCGCUAUUGUUCAUUUAGAUGCAGGUGACAAAGUUUACUUAAAGGCCCAUGACGACUACGACCAAACAUUAUAUGGACAGGGAGACGAAAUUUACACAACAUUUACUGGAGAACUUCUGUACGCAGAUAAUGUUGAACUGGACGCUGUUAACGCCUACGCUGCUGUUGGGUUUUCUGGAGUUAUGACGGUGAACGCCUCUAUCAGUGAUGGGUCUGCUGUAAUUUAUGACAAAGUCAUAACCAAUGUUGGUAAUGCGUAUGACGCCACCACUGGAACAUUUACUGCUCCUAUUGAGGGAACUUAUGUCUUCCACUUUCACGCAUUGUCCCAUUCCGACGAGGAAGCGUGGCUUGAACUUUUCCACAACAACCAAUACGUAGUAGCGUCUUAUGGAUAUACUGUAGGUUCUUACGCCGAUGCUGGUAAUUCUGUCUUACUUCAUCUUAAAAAAGGAGAUACUGUCAAGGUGAAGGCCAGGCCUGGAACUGAUGUCAAACUGUAUGGAGACUCUGAUGAAUAUUACACCACAUUCAGCGGAGCGCUUUUGUCACCAACUCUUCACGGAAGCGGCCAUAACAGACAACAAGAAAUAGCCUUCUCUGUUGGUCUGACACAUAACGAGGCUUCAACAAAUGGUCCUAAAGUGGUUUUUGACAGAGUUUUCGUCAACUUUGGACAAGGCUUCAACGUCAACACCGGUGUCUUUACUGCUCCAAUAAGUGGUAUUUAUGCCUUCCAUUAUCACGUAUUGGCCCAACAAGGAAAGGAAGCUUGGGUAGAGCUUUACCAUAACUAUAAGUACAUCAACUCACUCUAUGGACACACUUCCGGAAGUUAUGGACCGGGAGGUAACUCUGCAACUCUUGAACUGGUUGCCGGGGACACGGUUUUCCUGGAUAUUCAGCAUCAUGACUCUUUUCUUUAUGGAGGUGGAGAUGAAGUCUACAGUACCUUUUCUGGUUACCUCUUGUCGCCUACUGCCAGUCAUCACCCUGUUGUUGGAUAGACGUCCCAUUUGUUAUACAACUACGAAUAAAAAUGA